UCCUCACUUAAGGGUAGCUUCAGUGGAGUUUCCAUGCCAACCCAUUACUAACCAUUUGUUGUGGCCAGGUUAGUCGUAUAUUAGACCACCUGCCAGAUGGACGUACUUUCCCACUACAGUUCACCAGUAAUUGAGUUUCCGGCCACGCAGCCCAUAGAGAAACAGAAUGCACUUGUCGACAACUGUACAGGCACAGAUCCGCCUCCUCCGAGCAAAGAGGUUUCCACUUCCACGCAGCAGAAGCAGCACAUAGCCACACAAACAGAGCAGCUUAAGGGGAAUACAAAUGGCAGCGUGGAGUACGAUGAGCGUGCGUUGGCCAAAUGGCUGCGACAGAUCUAUCCACUAGUGGAGCAAGAGUUGAGUCAACCCACGCCACUGAUGGAUGAGGAUCAACAGCAGCAGCUGUCGAAUCAAGGCGCCUUGCAGGAUCAGUUGCAGGUGCACAUCUAUCAGAAUCUGCCCAUGGGCAGCGUGGAGAACUCCCAAGGAUUGGCCAUUUGGUUGUGUGUGCACACCAACAAUGCGCCAGUGUUGGUGACCACAACUGUGGCACAACAUGACGAUUGGUGCGAGCAUGUGGAUCAGCAGCUGAAGCUCUUUGUGCCACAGCGUGUGGCGCAUGGCGACUUUGUGAUCUACAGGGAGAUGAAGGCGUUGCCAUUGAAGUCAUGUUUGCGAAGUUUAUCCACGAAUAGCUUCAAUAAGAACAUGUUUGCUGGCGCCACCAUGGAUGGAGAGCUCUUUGUCUGGCUCUAUGAGCAAUCGCGAGGUGCCAGCGAUGCUAACGUGGACAUCAAGCAGCUUCACAGCGUCACAUCUACGCAAGGAGCUGCUGUGGCACUCGAUUGGGUGACGGAGCAGCGAUUGCUUGCUUGCUAUGCCAAUGGCACUGUGUUGCAGUGGCUGGUCACCAAACAGAUGACACUUGAUUGGGAAUACACAGCAGCAGUUGGUGGAGAGCUAUCCACAAUGGUUUCUCUUGGAUUAAACGACUUUGUGCUGGGCACCAACGAUGGUGGAGUUUAUCGCUGCUGGAGCACAGAAGACAGAUCCUCCAACAAUCAACUGCAGCUGCUGGCUUUGCGACGACAUCGUUUCAUGGUGUCCACAUUGCUGCGCACCGAGAUGGAUGGUCACCCCAUGGUAAUCACCUGCGAUCUGAGUGGACAAGCUUAUUACCAUGAUAUGCGGCAUGAGGAUGAGGACACCGCUCAGUUGAUUGUGCAGAUUCCGCUGCCGUUUAAGAAUGCCAUUGCCUGCAGUCGGGAUGCCAAUAUCAUCUACUGUCCCAGCAACGAUGGAGCUUUGGAGUAUUAUAGGGUUAGCGAUGGAGCUCAUGCGCAUGUCAAGGGCGCUCUUCGGGGUCGUGGCAACCUCAUAAGGAUCAGUGACAAUGGUUGUUGGCUAAUCACUGGACUCUAUGGCUCCGAGUUUCAGAUUUUCUAUAUUGAACAUAAUUCAAGAGAUUAGUCUUAACAACUUAAAUGCAGAUAAGAAAGUUUGAAUAAAGAUUUGUUUACCAAGAGUUUCUAAAAAAAGUAAAU